AGUUAGAAGUUUCCUAACGAUGUCAGCUGACAUCCUGCAGGAUAAGAAUGUGGCCUUGAAUGGCAAGAAUGACGUACCGGUCGUCUCGCAGCCCACUAUCAGGAGUGGACUUAGAGUUUAUAAGAUCGUUGUUUUGGGUGAUGGUGGUGUUGGUAAAUCAGCUGUCACUCUACAAUUUGUCAGUCAUAGCUUUCUCGAUUACCAUGACCCAACUAUAGAGGAUUCGUAUCAACAACAAGCAGUUAUAGAUGGCGAAGCUGCACUCUUAGAUAUAUUGGAUACUGCUGGACAGGUGGAAUUCACAGCUAUGCGUGAUCAGUAUAUGAGAUGCGGAGAGGGUUUUAUGAUAUGUUAUUCUGUAACUGAUAGGCAUAGCUUUCAGGAAGCUUUGGAAUAUAGAAAAUUAAUAACACGAGUAAGAGCCAAUGAAGAUAUACCAUUGGUAUUAGUUGGCAACAAAUUUGAUUUGCAACAUCAAAGAAAGGUAACCACGGAGGAAGGGAAAGCACUUGCUGAUCAGCUUGGUUGUCCAUUUUAUGAAACAUCUGCUGCACUUAGGCAAUUCAUAGAUGAUGCAUUUUAUUCAUUAGUUAGACAAAUUCGAGCUAAAGAGAGAUCACGAAAUUCAGUCCGUAAACACAGUCGUUGGUGGCGACUUCGUUCGAUUUUCGCCUUUAUUUUUAGAAGAAAGCAAAGACACAUGAAUAAUCAUCACUAUUCUCCUUGAAUGUAGCCAUUUUGAAAAUAUCUUUUUGAUAGCAUAAUUUUUAAUUGAUCUAAUAUGGCAGCAUAAACAGUUUGGAGUUCUAUAGAUUACAACGAACAAAAUUUUCAAUGAUUUUUUAUAUUUUAUGGUAGUCCUCCUGUUUAGGGACUAAUUCACUAACAUCUCACUGCCUUAUCUUUAACCCCAUUAUAUUUUGAACAUAGCAAUGAAUAUAUAAAAUGUAGAUCAUAUUCAUGAUCUUUUACUGUAGACAGUGCAACAUAACUGGAAUAUUUGUUGCUCAGAAAGAGGAAUCAUAAAGUAAUAUACAUACUAAAAUCAAGAUCUGUUUUUAGGAACAAUAAUAUUUAAUAUGACAGUAAUAGUAUUCUCAUUGCCUCCAGAUAUAUUUUCUCCAUUAUUAUUUAUUAAAAAGGCUGUUGAUAUUAUUUAUAGUAUAUUUUAAUGAGUAGAGUAUUUAAAAAUUAGAAUUGAAUGCCUAAUUCUCAUAGAAGUAGUUUAUUUAUAUUUUGUUUAAAUUAACAUCUUAUAUCAUCUCCUAGACAUAAUUAAAGUUUUGAUUACUCUAUUACAAUUAUUAUGUUAUAAGACCAAAGAAUAUACUGUUUAAUAUUUAAUGAAGUAUUGAGCAAAGAAUUUAUAAAUGCACACGAUUUUGCAAAUGUGGGAUGAAAAGUUUUAUAAUACUAAUUGUUAUAAUUGUCCUAAUUAAUCAUAUGAAGUUAAAAGUUAAAAUUUAAUUAUGCCAAUUUCAUUUUUUGCAAAAAUAAGUAUUAUAAAUGAUUUUAUAAGAAAUCAGAAAUGAAUCAUUAUAAAGUAUAUGAAAGUUAUACUGAUUUGUAAAGUUUACAA